AUGAUGAUGCACCACCUCGGGUCUUUGCUGUGUGCCGCUGCAGCAAUAGUGAGCACAGCAGCCGCGCAAACAGUCGUCGCUCAUGAUUGCUAUCCAAAACUUGUGCCAGACAUUGCAUCCGACGAAAUUCCCCUCGUUGCCCCGUUGGCUAACGUCAUUGCCACCGAUGGUCCGUCAUCCACACGGCAAUCUGGAAGCCAAGCCAGCACUUUGAGAUGCGAUUCCCCAAAUGAUGUUACCCACAUCAACAUACUGAGCAACAUGUCCGUUGCGGGUGUCAGCCCCACGACACCAGCAGUCUCAAAUCCAACAUCAAAUGGCCAUGCCGUAUCGCCAGGAGCUGCGAACUCAAUGGCAGUCUGUAGGCCCGCCACCGCCCAACAGGCUUGCAAUGCCACGAUGGAGGAACCGAAAGCCAAAGCCCAAAAUGUGCAACCGCUUGUACCCAAACCUGCUCACAAGCUGACCAGGUACGAUUCGGCGGCGUUUGCUGGCGCGGGCGCUCUGAUUGGCGCUGCCCUCCUCUUCUGA